AUAGUGCCCUAUAAAUAUGGAGACCAAAUAAGUAUGGAAUGUAAGGAUAUUGAAGGGAAAUGGAAAAGAGGCCCAAUAUGCAAAGAAAACAAACAAGAGCUUAAUGUAUUUUAUGGAAGAGAUUCACCAUUAUAUUGUGGUAUCUUGGUAGAUGAAUUAGAGUUUAAAAGAAUUAAAGAGGUUUUAUAUCAAAAUUCAUCGUGGGAAUGCAGAAUCCCAGUAUCAUCAGAUAUUACUGAAAAUAUUUAUAUACCAAUCUCAAUUCAACUUUGGGGUUAUACUACCGGUGACCAUUUAGAUAUUACUAACCAUUACAAUUUUAUAUUACAUGUUGAAAAUGAUAUUUUAAUUGGAGCAUCUCUAUAUCCA